UCUCCGUAGUAGUACUUGCGGAAGAGGAGCAGGAAGAUGGCGGCUGAAUCGAACGAGUCUGAAAUCGAAGUAGGCUUAUCACACGCGUCUGAAGAUGGGCACUCCGGCCCAGCAGUAAUGGACAGCCCCCGGAGGAGCCGCAGCAGGAGCCUGUCAGAGGAUGGAGAGAGUGAUGAUGGAGCCGAGACCAGGGGGAGGGGGCGGCGGAGGGCAGAGCGGUACCCCAGCCCGGUGAGGAGGCCAGAAGCAGACCAGGAGAGACCUGAUAGCAGCCCUGGAGAAGCCUCUCCCAAGGGCGGUGGCCCAGAUGACCAGAGAGGCUCGGCCCACGACAAUGACGCCUCUGGCGCCAGCAAGAGUGGGUCCGACAGCGACUCGGAUAGUGACGAGAGCAGCGACGAUGACAGCGACGGGGCUGCAGUGCCAAAGAUCAGGAGCAGCAUCGCACACGUCCGGAGGGGUUCCUAUGAUGAGAGGAAGAAGCGACAGAGUUCAUCUCCAGAGAACAAGGAUGCCGAAUCAAGGCGGUCCCGCUCUAUGUCCCGUUCCAGAUCUCGAUCGAGGUCUCCUCGAGGCCGCUAUGAGCGAGCACGCAGGUCCAGAGAUCGAGACCGCUACUGCGAUCGAGAGCGUUACGAGCGGAGGUCCAGCAGGGAUCGGGAGCGUGAGCGGCGCUCCAGCCGCGACCGAGACCUGGAGUACAGGAGGAGAGGCCGCUCACCGUCCCCGUCUCAGAAUGACAAGCCCAACGAGGAGGAGCCCCCGGUGAAGAAGAAGAAGAAGGAGGAGCUGGACCCCAUCCUGACCCGCACAGGCGGAGCCUACAUCCCCCCGGCCAAGCUGCGCAUGAUGCAGGCCCAGAUCACUGACAAGAGCAGCCUUGCGUACCAGAGGAUGAGCUGGGAGGCCCUGAAGAAGUCCAUCAACGGUCUCGUCAACAAAAUCAACGUGUCCAACAUCGGCAACAUCAUUCAGGAGCUCUUACAGGAAAACAUUGUGAGGGGCAGGGGUCUCAUGGCUAGAUCCAUUCUCCAGGCUCAGGGCGCCUCCCCCAUCUUCACCCACGUCUACGCUGCUCUUGUAUCCAUCAUUAACUCCAAGUUCCCCCAGAUUGGAGAACUCAUUCUGAAGAGGCUCAUCCUGAACUUCAGGAAAGGGUACCGCAGGAAUGAUAAGAUGCAGUGUAUGACAUCCUCAAAGUUUGUGGCACAUCUGAUCAAUCAGAAUGUGGCCCAUGAGGUGCUGUGUCUGGAGAUGCUGACCCUGCUGCUGGAGCGGCCCACUGACGACAGUGUGGAGGUGGCCAUCGGCUUCCUCAAGGAGUGCGGCCUCAAACUCACUGAGGUCUCGCCCCGAGGCAUUAACGCUAUAUUUGAGCGCUUGAGAAACAUCCUUCACGAGUCGGAGAUUGACAAACGCGUACAGUAUAUGAUUGAGGUAAUGUUCGCCAUCCGCAAGGACGGCUUCAAGGACCACCCCAUCAUCCCAGACGGUCUGGACCUAGUGGAGGAGGAGGACCAGUUCACACACAUGCUGCCCUUGGAAGACGAUUACAACACCGAGGACAUCCUGAAUGUCUUCAAGAUGGACCCGGACUUCUUGGAGAAUGAAGAGAAGUACAAAGCGAUUAAGCGAGAGAUUCUGGAUGAAGGCAGCAGCGGCUCUGAGGAUGAUGGAGAUGGAAGCGAUGAUGACGACGACGAAGAUGAGGAUAAGGAGGCAGAAGCUGGGGAGGAGGGGGAGAAAGUGACUAUUUUCGACCAGACAGAAGUGAACCUGGUUGCAUUUCGCCGCACCAUCUAUCUCGCCAUCCAGUCAAGCUUGGACUUUGAAGAGUGUGCCCACAAGUUGAUAAAGAUGGACUUCCCUGACAGCCAAACGAAAGAGCUGUGCAACAUGAUCCUGGACUGCUGUGCGCAGCAGCGCACCUAUGAGAAGUUCUUCGGGCUCCUUGCUGGGCGGUUCUGCUUGCUGAAGAAGGACUACAUGGAGAGCUUUGAGGCCAUCUUCCAGGAACAGUACGAAAGCAUCCAUCGCCUGGAGACCAACAAGCUGCGCAACGUGGCCAGGAUGUUUGCGCACCUUCUGUACACCGACUCCGUCCCAUGGAGCGUUAUGGAGUGCAUCAAGAUGAGCGAGGAGACCACAACGUCGUCCAGCCGUAUCUUUGUCAAGAUUUUGUUCCAGGAGCUCUGCGCCUACAUGGGCCUGCCUAGGCUCAACGAGAGGCUGAAGGAUCUGACCUUGCAGCCAUUCUUUGAGGGCCUCUUUCCUCGCGACAACCCCAGGAACACUCGUUUUGCCAUCAAUUUCUUCACCUCUAUCGGUCUAGGAGGACUAACGGACGAACUCCGAGAACACCUGAAGAACGCCCCCAAGAUGAUCAUGACUCAGCAGCAGGAAGUGGAGUCGUCAGACACCUCCUCGUCUUCGUCGUCCUCCUCAGACUCCUCGUCAGACAGCAGUGACAGCAGUGACAGUGAUUCGAGCGAUUCCAGUGACUCGGACUCAAGCAGCAGCAGUAGCAGCUCAGAUUCCGACUCGAGAAAGAAGAAGAAGAAGAAGGGCCAGAGUCGAAGAAAGGACAAAGGGAAGGACAAGAAGAAAAAGAAGAAAAAAGGAUCUAGCAAGCCCGCCGCCCGCCAGCAGCGUUCUCCAGAGGAGAAGGAGAGACGCGCUAAGCAGAAGGAGAAGCGUGGGAGCAGCAGCGACGGUCGCAGGCUCUCACCGUCACCCGACAUGGCCCGCAAGGCCCCCCCGCGUCACAGGGGCCGUCGCAACGAAGAUGAGUCUUCACCACCCCCGCUGCCGCCGCCAGCACACCCCAGAGGCCGCCGCAUCGAGGAAGAGUCCUCUCCGCCGCCACGACACAGAGGCCGCCGCGUCGAGGAGGAAUCCUCUCCGCCGCCAGCACCCGCGCGCCAUCGUGAGCGUGAGGAGCAGGAGCGCCCAGGGCACAGGGACCAGCACGGCCACCGGGGCGGGAGGGAGCACGACGAGGACCGGCAGCAGCCGCCGCCACCGCAAGAGCACCGCCGGCACAAGGACGGCAUGAAGAACGGCUCGCAGGCGACCGAGCGCGGCAGAGACGGGGACCACGAGCGGGAGCGCGACAGGGAGCGCGAGCGACGGCGGAGCAGGGAGAGGGAGCCCGUGCGCCACGGUGGCAGCAGCCGCGAGAGGUCCAAGUCGCGGGAGCGCGACCGCAGUCGGAAAGAGACAAACGAGCCCAAGGACAGCAACAGGAACGGCCUGGAGAGGUCAUACAAAGAGAACAGGUACGCGGACCGCCACCGCGACUCGGGGAGAAGAGAGGAACGGAGCAGGGAGGAAUCGCCGAGGAGACGGAGAUAGACCCUCGAGGGGACUGAGAAGAGGGCAGCGGAGGGCCGAUGAGACGUCUCCUUUUGAGCUCUGUACUUUCUGUUCCUCCCACUCGGUCACUGGGCGCCUCAGAAGUUUUUUCUUAUUUUUUUUUUUUUUUUUUUGAACAGCCCUUUAUAUUGCCAUCGUGCAAAGUCCUGUGAAGUAAUCCACAAAGAACUGCCCUGUUGAGAGUGUGGUGACAGCCUUGUGCAGGACAGUGGUGUGGUACAGGGUUUGCCAGAAGCCUGAGGCACAAAAUCCCCCAGGACCGGAGGAUAGUUUUUCAGAGCCAUGUCUAACGCAUUUGCAUUGGGGUUGGUUUUUUUGUUUUCCCCUCAUGCAUUUGAACUGGGUAAACAUGGUUAAUUACUCAGCGAUGUGUGGGAUAUCUCUGGCAAGUGAUGCUGCCAGUAGGUGGUUUUUAAAUGUCAUAUUGAUCUUUGGGAAUUCCAGAUGAGGUUAUUAAUAUACUGUGACAAACAGUUGGGCCAUUAAAAUUUCUCCAUUAUCAUUUUGUUCUUUUUCCUUCAUUCACCAUCGAUGUACUGAUAUUGACAUGUUUUGCUGCAGAAAUGUGAGAUAGCAAUUUGUAUCGGUGUCAGAGAAGAACCUAUUGUGCCACAAUGACACAGUAAGAAAAAAAAUGUUAAUAGUGUAUAGUUUUUUUUGCAUUUUCUCAGAGUAACAUCAAUGUGUUUGUAAUGUCUUGUCCUUGGAUUUAAAUAAAAAUGGUCUAUCAUUUUUA